UCCCAGACGAGGUUGCGCGGGAUGAAGACGGAAGUGUAUGAGUUUCAUGGUGGAAAAAAGUUCUCAGUUGUUUUCAUGCCACAGUGUCAAAAGUCACGCAUCAGUCGUUUAGCGACUCUUUUGAGAUUGUGUUGAAGCCGUUUGAAGACAACAAAGGGACCAGUACCUCUCAAGGAUGUCGAGUACACGAGGCCCAGUUCAGAUCGUCACAGUGUGUAAGGAGGAUCACUCCUUUGCUUUGGACACCGAGGCUUUGUCUCGGAUUCUGCUUUCUCCGGAGGUCCAAGACAAACAUGUGGUCGUGCUGUCGGUGGCCGGAGCCUUCAGAAAGGGAAAGAGCUUCCUGCUUGACUUCAUGCUCCGCUACAUGUACAGAAAUGGGGAUGAAAAUUGGCUGGGUGGGGAUGAUGAGCCGCUGACUGGAUUUUCUUGGAGAGGCGGUUCAGAGCCGGAGACAACAGGCAUCCAGCUGUGGAGUGAAGUCUUCCUCGUCCAAAAGAGCGAUGGAACAGAGGUGGCAGUACUGUUGAUGGACACUCAGGGAGCCUUUGAUAACCAGUCCACCGUGAAGGACUGCGCCACCAUCUUUGCCCUCAGCACCAUGACCAGCUCAGUACAGAUCUACAAUCUGUCACAGAACAUACAGGAGGACGACCUGCAGCAGCUACAGCUGUUCACAGAGUAUGGUCGUCUGGCCAUGGAUGAGAUCUUCCUAAAGCCCUUUCAGUCUUUGAUGUUCCUAAUCAGGGACUGGAGCUUUCCCUAUGAAUAUGCCUACGGGUUUAAAGGAGGCCAGAAAUUCCUGGAUAAACGGUUACAGGUUAAUGAGUCCCAGCAUGAGGAGCUGCAAACAGUGAGGGAUCACAUCCAUUCCUGCUUCGCCAACAUUUCCUGCUUCUUGUUACCUCACCCUGGGUUGAAUGUUGCCACCAGCCCUGUUUUCAAGGGACAACUUAAUGCUGUUGCCGAUGAGUUCAAAGAGGAGCUGAGCAGCCUGAUCCCUAAACUGCUGCAUCCCGACCGCCUGGCUGAGAAGGAAAUAAAUGGAAACAAAGUGACUUGCAGGGGCCUGCUCGAGUACUUCAAGGCUUACAUUAAGAUUUACCAGGGAGAAGACUUACCACAGCCAAAGAGUAUGCUCAUGGCUACAGCCGAGGCCAACAACCUGGCAGCCGUGGCAACAGCCAAAGAUCAGUAUAACAAGAACAUGGAGAAGGUGUGUGGGGGGGACUUGCCCUACGUGUCUCCCGACUCUCUGGUGGAAAAGCAUCACUUUUACUUAGGAGAGGCUCUUCACAAAUUCUCCUCCACCAAGAAGAUGGGCGGGCAAGAGUUUUGUGACGGUUACCAAGAACAGUUGGAGACUGAGCUGACGGAGAUGUGGGAGUCACUCAGCAAGCACAAUCAGUCAAAAAACCUCUUCAGCGCCUUCCGAACGCCUGCAGUGCUGUUUGUCCUGGUGUGCCUCCUCUACGUGCUGUCAGGUGUGUUGCUCUUCGUUGGCCUGUCGACCUUCGCCCUGGUGUGUGACUGCACUCUGGGUGUGGUCAUGAUGUCUAUGCUGACGUGGGCCUUCAUCCGCUACUCUGGUCGGUACCAUAAUGUGGGAGGAGCCAUCGACCAGGCCGCAGGUGUCGUCCUGGAGCAGGCCACUGUGGUGUUGAACAAGUCGAGAGGUGCAGGAGCCGGAGCCCUCAAGAAAUCCAGUUAGAGGACCUCUGGACCUUUGUAAUCUUGAUGCAAUGCUACCAGCGCACAACACAAGCACACAUUCAGCACUAAAGCCUUAUCAUACCACCCAUUGGAACAAACAUGCGGCUCAACCUCAUUUGGCACAGGGUACAAACAUGAUGCCAAAUCACCAGCAUCUUUAUUAUGCACGUAACUGCCUGUGAAAGUACAGGCUUAUUAAAGGUGACUGGAUUCACUGAGGAAGGGAAUUAAACCAUCCCGAUCCCUCUUAUUGAUUCUUCAUGUCUUAAAUUGACACUGCCAUCAUUUUACAAGUUUACAAUUGGUCUUAAUAGACAAGUUCAUGUUUACCUUUAAACUUAAAACACUUACUUGGUUGUUUAUUGUACGAACAGGGGUAGUCAGGGUGAUUUUCAAACAAAGCUUUGCAGUAUAUCGUGUUACCUUUAAAAAGAAAUGCUGGCUUUAAAGCUUAUACAUUUAUACAUAUUUCUUUGUGGCUAUAUUUUUUUACUUUGUGGCCUUAAAAACAUUCCAUUCUGUUAUGUAGAUUUGCAUUUCUAGAAGGGUCUACUUUGAAGAGAGAAGAAGAUACGCACUUUCUGUAUAGCUUAGUAGAUUUUGAAAGCUGCAUGUAAUGGGAGUUCCAUUGAAUCUCAAGUGCUUUGCCGUUUAUUCCUUAAUGGAAAUAUGUUACACUUUGUAGAUUUUGAUACUAUAUUCUAGACUCUUCUUG